AUGUCUUGUGUGCUAUUCGCGGUCUUCGCAUGCAUUUUAAGGAACCACGUUUUGGCGCAGAAUACCAUUUCUUUUGACAGCAUCACGAAUCAGAAUAAUAAUAGCAUUAACAGAACAUCGUGUUGCGUACCAAGGAAUAAUUGUCCAUUUGCUAAUACAGGAAUUGACGUUCGAAUUGUUAAUACGGGUUCUAAUUGUCCUGAUGGACAAGUAUACUGUUGCUCGUCUAAUUCGGGAAAUUUGAUUGACACUACAUGUGGGAUUAGAAAAAUUCCAGAAACUGCACAUCCUCAAGGUCAAGCUAGCUAUGGUGCAUAUCCUUGGCAAGCUGUACUUUUAACAACUGACAAUGUUUAUGUUGGUUCUGGGGUUCUAAUUACACCAAAUCAUGUGUUAACUGUUGCUCAUAAAGUAGCAUCUUACAAAAAUGGUGGACUUAAGGUAAGACUUGGAGAAUGGAAUGGACAGUCCACUACUGAGCUCUAUCCAUCUAAGGAAUAUUCAGCCCGAAAAAUAUCUGUGCACUCUGAAUUCAAUUCCAUGAAUCUACAAAAUGAUGUAGCAGUAAUAACUUUAAGCGAUACUGUUCCUAUUUCAAGCAGUCCUAAUAUUAACACUGCGUGCUUUCCUACAGCAGUACCCACAGCUUAUACAAGAUGUUGGGUAUCAGGCUGGGGAAAAGAUGCAUUUGGAACUAAUGGUAAAUACCAGAGUAUAAUGAAAGAAGUAGAUGUACCAAUUGUUGAUCAAUCAACUUGUGAAAAUGCACUACGACAGACUAGGCUUGGACAAUAUUUCAUGCUAAAUAAAAACAGUUUCAUAUGUGCAGGAGGAGAACAAGGAAAAGAUGCAUGUACAGGUGAUGGUGGUUCACCUUUAGUGUGUCAGUCUGGAAGUGGACAAUGGCAAGUAGUUGGAAUGGUUGCAUGGGGUAUUGGUUGUGCAACUAGUAACAUUCCUGGUAUAUAUGUGAAUGUAUAUAAUUAUAUUACAUGGAUUACACAACAAAUAAGUCAGAAUAAGUAA